AUGUUUGCGGUUCACUGCAAACUGGGUGUGGCCCGCGUCGCGCUGCGGGGGCUCGGUGCGGUACUGGGCGUCGGCGCGGCGCGUGUCGGCGGCGCCCUCCGGCUCGCCGGCGCCCUCGCUGGCGCCCUCCUCGUCCGACGACGGCGGCUUCCUCCCGCGCCUCCGCGCCCCGCUGCGGCCAUCGGCCGCGCCGCCGCUGUUCCGCGCGUCGUCGCCGGCGCUGGCGCUGCACUGGCCGCCGUGGCCGCCGUGGCCCCCGUGGGCGGCGGCCUGGACCCCUGGUCUCCGCUGCACGUGUCUGACCUCAGCUCCGUGCCCUUCCCGAGUUCUGCCGACGGCUCAUUCCCCACGCCUCCGUCUCCGUUCCGCCUCCGCUCGCUGCGGCAGAGCGCCCACGACCCGCUGCGCGCCGCCACCGGGCCGCUCGCCCGGCCCCGCGCCCGGCCGCUGCCGCGCCACGCUCGGCCGCGAGCAGUCGCGGACUUGCCGCCGCCUCCGCACGAAGCAUCGCCUGAGAGUCGUUCCUCAUCCAGCGGGUUCGGCAGUAAGAACGCGUCGUCCUCGCAACACAACCGCAGCAGUAGGACGGGCAGCCUGGCGGAGUGGCGGCCGCCCCCGUACCGGCCCCCGCCGCCGGCGCCGCCGCCGCGGCCGGGCUCGGGCGAGGUGGGCGACGCGGGGUCGGUGGACGUGCACUACGAGUGGGACCGCGCCACGCGCACGCCCACUCCGUCGACUCCGGAGCGCACGCGCGCGCGCCCCUCGCGGGACGACGUGGAAGCUCGAGUGCGUGCUAUGAAAGAAGAGUUCCUCGAGUUCCGCAAGCGACAGGCGCUGCGGCGUCGCUCCCCGGAGCCCCUGGCGCCGCCCCCGCCGCUGUCGCCGCUGUCCCCGCUGUCCCCGCUGUCCCCGCUGUCCCCGCUGUCCCCGCUGGCCGCGCUGGCCCACUCGCCGGCCGCGCCCGCCGAGACUGUCUGCUGA